AUGAGCCCUCUUUCCGACAUUGAAGCCAACAACUCCAUGAACCUUAUCAUUAAGGAUUCUGCCGAAGAAGUAUCCAGUGACUUUCACAGAUUGCUCAACGCCUUGAAAUCCAACACGAAAAUUGUGGCCAUUCGCUUCGAGGGUGACUUCUUGGAUGACCUCACCUCGUUGGAACGAGGACAAGUCUUGGAGGCCAUUGCUGUCAUUCCUUGUCUCAGGACUGUUCAUUUGGGGGAUUCCUUCAUUUUUACCAAGGACAUUGCUGCCAUGUUGAAGUCAAUUCCAGGUCUUUUGGAACUUACCAUGUCCGACAUGGUCUUGCAAGGGAUUCAAGUCGACUUUGAUCAAUUGGAACAAGCCUUGCACGCACAUUCCGGUUUGAAAUUCUUCAAGAUGGACAACUGCGUCACUUCGGUCCAAGAUAUUGACAUGUCCAACUUGAAAAAGUCCGAAAAGAAACUCAGCACCAUUAGUUCGCCAGUGGUGCACAUGGCGGCGGCUCAGAGUGCCUAA